GCACACACACCACGAGCCACCGCAUACCAUGGAUGUCAUGAAACUAGACAACGUUCAACCUCUCCCGCUGGAGUUCAACGGGUAUGUCGAGGGCACGUUGGAGUUGCUCCUGGGCGGCAAGGGCCUCUCGCAGAUCAAGCUUCUCAAGCACCUCCAGAACGUGUGCAUCGUGUACGCUUGCUUGGCGGUCAAGCGGAACGCCGGGAUCGUCUCCACGGAGGCUAAGUACAAGGCAGCGGCCAAGGGCUACAAGGACAUCGCUGUCCCAGGAUUCUUCAAGUGGCUCAAGGAAAACGGCAUAGUGAUCAAGCAGGCGUGGCUGACGUUCGAGGUCAUGGGCAGAACAAGUCUGAACGGAGGGCAGACAGGCCAUCACGGUGCGCUGCCUUGACAGAGUCGUG